GCUGUUGUGUUUCCCCCGAGGAGAAAAAAAAAGGGUGCGCCAUAAAUCAUUCUCCCCAGCGAAGAUUCGUCUUGGCCCCUACACUAGCACUUCGCAUCUCUUGGCUGCUUCUCGUGGCUUGACACUAUCACUUACACUGUUUGUUACAGAAAGUUACUAUGGAACAAACUCAAGAAAAGGUUGAGGGCAACCAUGUUCUCCAAACACCGCUCUGGAUUGUUAUAAUUCGUGGCUUUCAGUUCCUCAUCUCUCUUAUCAUCGUCGGUCUCUGCGGUCGUCUGAUGCACGAUGCCACCCUCGACGAAGAAGCUCUAUCCCUGGCCAUUGUAAAUCCCCUCUUCCAUUCCUUCAUCUCAACACCACUAACAGCUUCAAGGCAAUCAUCUCAUGGAUCGUCAUCGCAUACGUCGUCUUCACAGAGAAGAUCCCCAGUCUUCAAAGCGCAUAUCACAUCAUCGCUGUUCUAAGUCUCGAUGCAUUGCUGAUGGUUCUUUGGCUUGCGGCUUGGGCUGCCACUGCUGCGAGACGUGCUAAAUACGUCGUUCCUGUUAAUGCCUAUGGCUGUGUUGAUGAUGGAAGUCUUACGGAUAGCAAGACCUGCAAUAUUUUUAAGCGUGAUGGGGAGAAUGUUAUUCUCUUCAAGUCUGGUCUGGCUAUGCUUGCUGCCGUCGCUGGUCUCGGUGCUCUUGUCUGGAUUCUCUUCAUCGUCACUUUCGUCUGGACUCUCGUCAUGUUCCUCCGCGGUCGCAAGGAAGGUCGCUUCGCUGUCAACCUCGCUGCCUCUCCUUCACCCAACAACAACUACCAAAUGGAGACCAAGGUCAAUGAAGGCCAGCCCAUGGUUCAGCCCAUCCAACCUCAGGGCGUCCCUCAGCAGCAAUACCAGCAACAACCUACUCAAGGCCAAUUCGUUCCUCAACAACAGCAGCAGUAUCCUCCUCAGGGCACUCCCUCUCCCUACCAACCUGCCCAGAGCCCAUACCAACAACAGGGUGCUUAUCCUCCUCCCGCGGCACCCUACUCUCCUCAAGACCAGCAGUACCAGGGCCAGCAGAACUACGGACAGUACCCCCCUCAGCAAUAUCAACAGCCUCCUCAACCUCAAGGAAGUGAGCUUGAUGGUCAGACAAACUACUCUACUCCUCCUCCCGCUUCAAUGUCUCCCCCUCCCCAACAUUACGGAAGUGAGCUCGAUGGCCAGACGAACUACGCCCACCCUCCUCCUGCUUCAAUGUCGCCGCCCCCUCAGCCUCAGCCUUAUCCUCCCCAAGCAUAUCCCCAGCAGUAAAUGAAGUGGAGAGGAGGGAUUAAUGACCGGGCCUCUUGGCGCGUGGAGUUGCGUUUCUGUUUUGCCAGUAUUUUACAUAUCCAAUAACAGCGGUGGCUUUUUGACGCUUGUUUUAUACCAAUAGCCACAGUUAGAAUAUACGAUGCAGCGAUUGAUGACAAUUUAUUCGCACUAGUACAUAUAUACACUUCUCUCUCAUGAGCUCACAAAACCAUUGGGACCUGAAGUUUGUUAACUUAGUUUUCUUGACCUCAUAAAAUAGCCUUUCGCUCUGUCUCUAACUUUUACAUGUUGGCUUUUGUGAAACAAUAUGCACCAACCACAUCAUUCAC